CGUGCUUCUACUCGGAUGGAUUACUCCUCUAUUCUCCGUAAUUUGUAAUUUGCAAUAUUCACUACAGUUUACUGCAUUCAACGCAACUAAUCAACUACUAACCAAAUGGCUCGACGGCCAGAGCAUCUAGCUCCUCCUGAAAUCUUCUAUAACGAAGAUGAAGCCCGCAAGUACACAAACAACACCCGCAUCAUCGACAUCCAGGUACAGAUGUGUGAAAGAGCGAUUGAGUUGCUCGCCCUGCCAGAUGAUGAAACGUGCUUGAUUUUGGAUGUUGGCUGCGGGUCGGGACUAUCCGGAAGUGUGCUGGAAGAUCAAGGCCAUGCUUGGGUUGGCGUGGACAUAGCGAAGGCUAUGUUAGAUGUGGCGGUGGAACGGGAAGUGGAAGGGGAUUUAAUUCUGACUGAUAUGGGUCAGGGAAUGCCUUUCAAAGCCGGAACAUUUGACGGAGCGGUGUCCAUUUCGGCGUUGCAAUGGCUGUGCAAUGCCGACAAAAAAUCACACGUUCCUCAGAAGAGAUUGUAUCAAUUCUUCAGUACGCUAUUUUCAUCUUUGACGCGGAAUGCCCGAGCAGUCUUUCAGUUUUAUCCGGAAAAUUCCGAACAGAUCGAACUGAUAACGGCACAAGCAAUGAAAGCUGGCUUCUACGGUGGCCUGGUGGUAGACUACCCCAAUUCUACCAAAGCAAAGAAAUACUAUCUGGUACUGAUGACGGGUGGAGCUGUGAAGCUUCCUGCAGCACUGGGAACUGAGGAAGAUUCAAGUCAAAUCCCGUACAGUAGAAAGCGAGAACUCGCACACAAUGCCCGUGGAAAACCUUUGAAGAAAUCUCGCGAAUGGGUACUGCAGAAAAAGGAACGUCGACGACAGCAAGGAAACGAAACUCGAAGCGACUCCAGAUAUACCGCGCGGAAAAGAAGUGGAAGAUUCUAAGGUCAGUGGACGUUUGCUCUUUGAUUUCUUCUAUAAAUUGUUAUUGAA